UCCGAUUAAUUAUAUUGCUUUCAAUUCGAUUAUAGGUACUUUAUUACAAUACCAUUUGGUCAUUGUAUUGCUAUCAUUAUAUCGGUUUUGUUGAUUACCAUGAGAGGCGACUGGAUGGGUCGGGGGCGGGGUGGAGGUAUGGUCUGACGGAGGAACCUGAGAACGGGGCUGGGGGAAGGGUAACCUGAUUGGGAGACAAUGUCUGCUGAUCUUGAAAGGGUAGAAGAUGGGAGAAUUGAAAGUUUUACGGGAAUGGGAGGAGGAGGAAUAGGUGGAAGAAGGGGGGGAGAAAUUGGAGGAAGAGGGGGAGGAGGAGGAGGAGCGGCUGCUGGAAGAGAAGGCCGGAACGAUCGUGAUGUGGAAGCAGAGACGCAAGACGCGAGUUUUGCAGUCGACAUGGGAAGAGUAGAGAUGGUUGAGGUUAGUCUGGAGACAGUCGGGAUCGGUACGGAUGGAGAAGGUGGCUCGGAGGGUAGCCGAAAUGUGCGCCAGGGAAAGGGUCCAGCAGACCUCAGGGGACUCGAUGAGCAGGAACAGUCGAAUGGGGAGGUGAUCGAUGUAGAAAGAGGAGGAAGGGGAGAGAGAGGUGGAAAUGAGAAGGAAUCCGAAAUUGAGGAUUCAUGUUUGAGCCAGUCUUUGCUGUCGCAGUUUGAUGAAUUACUAAUAUUUACUCACGAUCCAUCAAGCUGGUUUAAAGAAAGUGGGCGGAGGAUAGUGAAUAGGUAUGCUCCUGUUCUGUCGGGAUUACUGUACUGCUCUAUGUCGUGCGGGAUGAUUCUGUUGAAUAAAGCUGUGCUGUCGGGAUACCAUUUCCCGGCGACGUACUACCUGCUGGCUUAUCAAAAUUUGGUGAGUGUUUUGGUCGUUGUGAUAGGCUCAAAUUUGGGCUUUUUUGAGGUCGAGCCGCUAACCUGGAGUUUGUGUAGGGUCUGGUUUCCGGUUAACUGUCUCUUUGUAGGAAUGAUUGCUUCUGGGCUGUACAGUCUCAAGUAUCUGAGUGUGGCGAUGGUGACCAUCCUCAAGAACUUGACCAACGUAAUCACGGCCUCAGGGGAGCAUGUAUUUUACGGCAAACGACAUAGUAUGGGAGUGUGGUCAGCUUUAGGGUUAAUCAUUUUGUCCUCCGUUUGUGGGGGAAUUACCGAUCUUACCUUCACUUUGAAAGGGUACACGUGGCAGUUCGUUAAUUGCCUUCUCACGGCUGGGUAUUCCUUGUACCUUAAGAAAGCCAUGGCUCUGGCCCAGGAGGUGACGAGUUCAGGAAGGAUCGGAGAAGUUUCGAUGGUCAUGCUGAAUAACGCUUUGUCGCUUCCGAUGUCGGUGAUCUUGCUAAUCGGGAUGGGAGAGGUGGAGGUGCUUGCAUCCUCUCCGUUGAUGACAGAUUUAGGUUUCUGGAUCGCCGCCACAUUGACUGGGCUGCUGGGCGCUUGUCUCUGCUUCUCCGUCAUGUGGUUUUUGCAUUCCACCAGCCCCACAACCUUUGGCUUGGUAGGUUCUCUCAACAAGGUCCCGACCUCUUUCAUCGGGAUGGCGCUCUUUCCUGUCAAAACGCCGGCCUCGAAUGUCUUCAGCAUCGCUCUCGGCCUAGCUGCGGGGGUAGUCUUCACUCUGGCCAAACUGCGAGAACAGAGAGCCCCCACUUAGAGCAGUCGGCCCCACUUUUAAGCGGCAUGGCUAUGGCAAUUGGCUAAACGAUGGCUUUGGCGAUGGCUGUAGGUGAGCGGUUACUAUGAGGUUGUGGGUAGGGAAGUGACUAAAGGCUCGAAUCACCUCCAAGAGGCAUGGCUGUGCGUGUCCACUGGUGGAGUUGUGGCUAUGAUCGGAGUGGUUAUGGCUAUCGAGCAAUGAAAUGACGGAGGGCAAUUGUUGGGCUGUUGCUAAGGCUAUGGUUUGGAUGGAGUCGGCAAUGGCUAUAGACUCGGCUAUAGCCUUUGGAAUAGGCUCGGCUAUGGUCUAAAGGCGUGGCAAUAGACUUCGGUAUAGGAUCGGCUAUCGGCUGGAAUGAACUGCAAAAAGCAUGGCCAACUCUAUAGUCUAUCGUCUGAGCUCUGGCUCUGUCAGUAGCUAUGGAUUUCGGCAGUCCCUAAGGGCUAGGACUGCUGAAAGUGGUUGGAAAGGCUAUAGCCUUGGGUUGCACCAUUGCUAAAAAAGGCUAUGGGGUGGGCCGUGGCUAUGGCGAUGACUUUGCGUCCUGCUCUGACUUUGGCUGCCGUCUUUCCCGGAACACAAGGCAGCCUUAUUAUGAUUUUGCAGUGCCGGAGAGGGAGCUUGUAUACGUUUACCAGGGUACGCUAUGUUCCGGGGAAGACGGUGUUGGGGGGGGGGGAUUAGCCUAUAUGAUUUUGGCGGUGACGGUGAGUAAUAGCCAGUUUGGCUAUGGCUGUGAUCAGGCGAUGGCUUCGGGCUUUAGUCGCUGCUAUGUAUGUAUGUUUUGUGUAAAAGUAGGCAUGUGUAGAUCUAGCUGUAGCCAGACGUAUAGAUAGCCAACUUGCUAUGAGGUUUAUAGUCAUGGUCUUGGGAGUGAUAGAAAGAAACAUGACUGCAGCUAUCUAUAGCUAUAGCCGAUAGCAGGUUACAGCGCAUGUCUACUGCCCUUAAUACGCGUAGGGGAGGGAGGGAGGGAGGGGGAGAGAGAGAGAGAGAGAGAGAGAGAGAGAGAGAGAGAGAGAGAGAGAGAGAGAAUGAAAAGUCUUACUAAAG